AUGGACGAGAUGCGCCACAUGAGCAAACAAGCCCGUCAAGAGUCCAAGCAACUCAUCGGGGAUCUAAAGACCCUCAAGGACUCCCAACUCACCACCAUUGGCAAAGACAUCAAAGCCAUCCUCCUCGCCCAGGCGUCCGCCGAAUCCUCCACCAUCGACAGCUCCAUACCUGCAGGGACAGUCGACAGUGCCGCAUGCAAAGCCGACCUGUGCUGUGUCUGGAAAUGGAUAGCAUACGAGAUGACUGCCAAAUUCAACGGCACAUCGGGCCGCUGCACCAAGUUCGCUCGCGCCGCUGUACGCCUUGGUUUCCACGAUGCCGGCGUCUGGAGCACAUCGAGUAGCUACGGCGGAGCAGACGGGAGUAUCCUUCUCACGAAUGAGAUUGACCGCUCGGAGAAUGACGGCCUCGAGACUAUCGCCGAGCAGACCAAGUCGUGGUAUAACAAGUACAGCAAGUACGGAGUCAGCAUGGCGGACCUGAUCCAGUUCGGUGCGAACGUCGCCACCGUCGUGUGUCCCCUUGGUCCCAGGAUCCGCACCUUUGUCGGCCGCAAAGACAAUGCGAAGGCGGGGCCUACCGGUCUCCUCCCCGAUGUCAAUGACUCCGCCGACAAGAUCAUCAAGCUGUUCCAGGCUAAGACCAUCGAUCCGCACGACCUGGUUGCAUUGGUUGGCGCGCACACAACCUCCCAGCAACAUUUCGUUAAUACGGCGCGUGAUGGUGACCCACAGGACAGCACUCCUGGGGUGUGGGAUGUGGCCUUUUAUGGAGAAACACUGUCGACCUCGUCGCCGAAGAGGGUGUUCAAGUUCGCGAGUGAUAUAAAACUGUCGCAAGACUCAAGGGCAAAGAGCGAAUGGGAGGCUUUUGUCAAUGGACAGGGUCAUUGGAAUGCUGACUAUGCGCAAGCGUAUACGCGUCUCUCACUCCUUGGAGUGAAUAAUAUCAAUGACCUCAAGGAAUGUACAAAGGUGCUUCCUCCUGCGAGGAGGACCUUCAAGAACGAGGACCAAGUCAUCCUUGACAGAUGGUUGAAUGGCGAGUUCAACCAACUGAAUAAUAUGGUGGAUGAUGCGAUUAUGCUGAGUGGUGUGAUCACUACGCCGCCCUGA